ACAAAUGCACAUGUCAUGCUGUCAUGCAUGACUUGUUCCUUGUUCCUUCAUUUCAUUCAUAUAUUCGUAUUUUGUAUUUAUAUUAUUAUAUUAUAUAUUUUCGGUUGUAGCUGUCGAGUGUCGACCUUCUCUCGACUAUACAUUAUCAUCAAUCAUAUUUAUUUCGUCUGGAAGUGAAUUGAAUAUUGAUAUUGUGAUUUGUGAUCAGUGUCCCCACGCCGCACACAUAUUUAUUUUUUAUAAUGUGAUCUGCCUGAUGAAAUUCAUCCCUGCUGACGAUUGAAAUUACGUCCAAAAUUACAUCUUUUUGAAAUGUGAUUGCUCUGGUUGACUUCAUUUGAGAGCAUACAAUGUCAGACAGCAUAACAUAGUAGAUGGUCUCUCAAGGAGAGCAGCCCCUUCACAGUGGGGUAAAAGGGAAAACCACACUACAAGAGAAAGUAGCCACAUUGUACUACACUCUUGGACUAUUUUGUAUCACAUAUCCAGUGUGUGUAUUGAGUCUUGCAAUCCUAGUUAUUAUUGUAUCAUGGCUACCACUCGUGAAUUUGCCAUUUCCUGGCAAAGGUCCUCAGGUGUGGUCAUCGAAUCUGAACUCCACAGAUGGAGUGCAGCCAUUUUGUUAUGUACAGCAGGUUGUCGUGCGAGUUGGCGUUAUGCCAUGGGAACAGGACUUGACUCUGGGUGAUGCUUUCAGGGCACCUCUCUACGAAGCUUUCAAGUUAUUGGAAGUCGUGAGAAAUUAUCAGGAUACAGAAAGCUCAAAGACACUGGGCCAUCUAUGUCUUCAUAUUGAAGCGAUCAAGAAAACGAAAAAUGAUUUAUUGAAUAUUUUACCCCAGUACAGUUGUUUGGUUCUGUCACCUGCAAAUUUUUGGCAUCAGGAUGUGCAACAGUUUGCAGAUGAUGAAUCUUUACUUACUACUAUUUUCAGUCAUCAUAGUUUUCAAAAAGGCAAAACAUCAACUUCUGAUAUGUUGUUUGGGAUGCACCUUUUUGAUACUGGCAUCAAAAGAUACCCUAUUAGAAAUAGGCAGAGAAUAAUCCAAUAUGCUGUAACUCUCUUUUUCAAAGAAUAUGAUCAUCGGUUUGUAGAAGGACUUCGAGAAAAACUAAGGACCCUUUAUCCUCUUUUUCAAAAUGACAAUAAAUCCACAGGAUACAACCUCAACGAUACAGUAUUAAUACAGUAUCCUGGAGAGAUCAAUUACAUAGAACUUGUGCCAAUUUUGGUUUCUUUCAUCCUCGUCUUUCUCUAUUACUAUUAUUGUGUACGUAAAAUCGAGCUCAUAAGGUCGAAAUUCGGUAUGGCUUGCACAGCCACUUUCACUAUUUUCUCCAACUUGACCAUGACCAUGGGCAUCUGUUUCUUCUUCGGACUCACUCUAAACUUCGAAGGUGGUAAAGGUAUAUUUCCUUACCUAACUUUACUAAUUGGCCUCGAAAAUGUAAUUGUUCUCACGAAAAGUGUGGUAGCAACUCCAUUACACUUGGACGUCAAGAUUAGGAAUGCUCAGGGUUUGAGCAAAGAAGGCUGGUCGAUUACAAAGAACCUUCUCUUAGAAAUAACAGUACUGACUUUCGGUCUAUUCACUUUUGUGCCAGCCAUACAAGAGUUCUGCAUUUUUUCCAUAGUGGCAUUGAUAACGGAUUAUUUCCUGCAAAUGUUCUUCUUCUUGACUAUUCUUGGGUUAGACAUGAACCGUACUACAAACUCAAUAGAAAACCUGAAUCAAAAUUUCAGAAACAGCAUAUAUCAACAACAAAAUUUCUUUGACAAGACAAACCUGAGCAUGAAAGGGAUGAUCAGAUCGAAAUCCCAUCCUAGGCUGUCAUCCUUUCCCGCUACCAUUGUAGCUGGGCAGACACAGGGUGUCCAAGAUAAAAAGAUUCCCAGAAGAGUUAAAUUGGUUAACAUUUGGGCGCGUACAAGAUUUUUCCAACGAUCUUUCAUGCUGUUGAUGGUCAUAUGGAUUGGUAUGAUAGCUUAUAACAGCGAUUUGAUGAACCACUAUGUUGUGAAAGCGGUAUUCGAUGAGAAAACAAAUGAAAACAGUUCGGAAGCUAACCUGGAAACUUAUCCGUCAAUAAGAUUGCUUUCAACUCAUGUAACGAUCAAGCCUAUCGAAGUGAAUUAUGUCACAUAUACCCCUGUGGAUACCGAUUACCAGCUGAAUGAAACUCAAGGAGUUGAGAAACUCAAACAUCCUGAGUAUUCACCAUGGCUCAAAUUGUCUUCGAGACAUUGGAGUUCUAUAUUGAAGAAGUACAACAUCUCCCUGAGCGGCCAGGUGAUAGCAGUGAUGCCAAAUAUUAAGCUGUCACAUAUGGUGAGGCCAGAACAAGCAGUGUUGCUGAGGAAUCCAAAGGAGAAGUAUGGAGACCAGUUUCGAUGGCAUGCUCUAGCUGCAGCUCUGGACCCUAUAGAUUUUAGCGACAGCGAGUCUGCGAUGGGGACCACCGUCCCCCAAUCGGAGCAGCCCUUCUACCCCACUUCCCCCAUGGAAAUCCUGCUGACCACCAUCCUAUGCGUCAUCAGCGUCGUCGUGCUCGCUUACGCCCUAGUGGUGUUGUACCGGUGCGUAUGUUCGCGCAACUACGCCGAAUGGAGGGCCUCCUGGUCGAACGAGAGGGCGGAGGAGUCGCAGGACGAGCAGGUCCUGCUGGAGGCCGUGCCCGUGAUGCUGGAGGGGCAUCAGCAGGAGAUCGAGUGCGUGACGGCUGACGGAGCGAAUAUCGUUAGUGCCUGUUUGGGUGGACAACUGAAAGUUUGGGAUAGCAACACAGGUGAGCUGAUUUCCCACAUCGACCGCAAAUUCUUCUUCUCCGACAACAAACCUGUGGAUCUAGCUGCAGAACUCGACGACAUCCUUUCAGAUUACGAAUCUGGCUCGCCGCCGUCCCGGGAUGAGUUAUUUCCUCGACUGUUGAACAAGAUAAAUACGGAUUUUUCUCACAACACUGACAACCCGACACCCACCUACACCGAUUCGAAAUACGACUUCAACAAGUCCUAUCGCUACUUCUACUACAAUCACAAUUUCGAUGUGAGGCAGCGUCACAGGUACGACUGUCUGGGAGACGAUUCGACUACAAGGCGGAGUUUCAGUGAAACUCCGCAGAAACGUCAAAGUUUGGGAAACGAUGAUGUAGAUUUUGGCGCGAGGUCGAGUUUGAAAAGUGAUGUUAGUUCUAGGAGCGAUAGUGCGCGCGACUCGUCGAAUUUUUCGGAGUGCAGACUUUCGCCGAUCUGGUGUAUGGACUAUCAGGACAAUUUGAUUGUGAUAGGGUGCGCUGAUGGAAGGCUGGAGUUUUGGGAGGCCAUGACAGGGAAAUUGAAGUGUAUAUUUGAAGAUGGCUCCGGAUCCAGCAUCAACCAUCUGAAGAUAGUAGGCGCCAAAGUUGUGGCUGCGAGAUUGUGCGGUACCUUAGAAAUAUUCCAACUGCAGACGUACAAUCAAGGCCGUCCCAUAGACUGGAACUUUACUUGCGCCUAUAGGAGGAUGCACGUACGAACUGCUUCCGCUGGAUCCAUUUCGGAACGUGAUUUGAAAAAGACUGAGACCGACGACGAUCUGCGGUGCAUCAAACUGCACACGAUCAAGGCGCACCAGCAGCCGAUCGCCUGCCUAGACUGCGAGGGCGGGCGCAUCUUGUCGGGCGGGCAGGACCACACGCUGAAGGCGUUCCGACUGGAGGACGGCGCCGCCCUUUACGCGCUGCACGGCCACUGCGGUCCGGUCACGUGUCUGUUCAUCGACAGGGUGAACCCGGCGACGGCGGGCAGCGGGUCGCAGGAGGGGAUGCUUUGCGUGUGGGAUCUGUUUACAGUUGCACUCCACCGCGACGAUAAUCAGAUUCGUGUGUGGCGCAGAACAGGAGAAAGAUACGCGGAAAACUGUUCCUCAGAUAGAAUCCCAUAUGGAGGUGGCUCUGUAACAGUGUGGGGAGGAAUAUACACAGGUGACCGAACAGAAUUAACAGUUUUUGUUAACAGCACGGUAAACGCCUUCCGUUAUUUAGAGAUUUUGGAGAAUAACUUACCGCAGGAAAACGCUAAUGGUUUAUUCAAAUUUGAGGUCAUUGUAAAAUUCGUUGGUUCAUUGGAACCAGAUGCUCCCAUAUCGGUACAGCUGCUGAUAGUGCUGGAAGACGCCGACACAUUAGAACCUUGUAGAAGACCUUCUCAGGCAGUGACCGGUGUAGAGCGCUGGUUCCUCCAAGUUCAAAAACUUUGCAAUUCUUGA